AUGCCACCACCCAACUCAACAGCUCCAAGUCCCUCAUUCUCGCCGCAGACGACGGGUCGCUACCUUCACCAACUCGACUUCAUCUCCAGCCCUGUCCCAGACUUGGCUGCGACUUUGACAACGCCAGCUGAUGCACUUCCAAGCAACGGUACAAUAAGCUCUCUGCGAACCCGAUUGCAAGGGGCUACAGCGUUAUCGCUCUACCAGGAACAGUCUGUCGGUGAGGAGCCUGAAGACAACAGUCAGUGGAGGGGUGCGGACAAUAGACUUGCUGCCUUACUACGAGAGCCCGGCUUUGACGUCGGGAUGAGUCGAAGAAUACCCAUAUUACGAGAAGAUGAAGGCACACGCUAUGCCAACCGCGUGCCUCAACGACAGUCUUUGUAUGACUGGGCUCCGGGAUCAGACGACGAAGAUUUAUACCAUGAAUUGCUGUCUCGCGCAAAUGUCCCCACCUUUGCGCAAUCAGUCCGGCCGCAAAGCAGACAGCUGAAUUUGGAAAGCCUCAGGAAUUCUCACAGCAGAUCAAGAACACAUCCUCGGGACGAAGCGGCUCCCAGACCACCCUCCUGGGCGGAAACUGCUCGCAGAGGCUACUCUCCGCCUCGAGGAGACCCUUCGAUCGCUACCGCGGCUCUGCUCCAGUCCAUUGAGCAACAUCGGCGUUUCAACGCACGCGCAAGAUCAACGUUGCAAAGCUACAUACUCGACAGAGAUCGUCGAGACAAUGACCUCACAUCAAGCGCGUCCACGUGGGCUCGUCUUCAUCGUCCUGACCAGCAAACCCCUGGCUCUCCCUAUCCCGCAAUGCGAAACCUAGCUUCUCAAGCCGACCUGAGGAAUGCUUAUCGCCAGCUCUUUUUGGAGAAUAGUUCUCUUGCAAGACUAAAGAAUAGCAUUCGCUACCUGUCGAAGCUGCGUCGCUGUGAAACACUAGAAGAAGGCUUGACACUAGCCACCGAUCUAGCCAUCGACGAUGCAUGCAGGGCUAGACAAAACCGAGUUUCUGAAUGCUUCGCCAAACUGUCCGACCUGAUCGUCGACACCUCGUCUUUACCUGUUGUGGCAGAAUGCUCCUGGCUCACACCAGGAACUGUCUUCACCGGCAGCCAGCACACUUCCCGUGACCACCAGCCAGCAAUCCUCAGCCGAAACCCACAUCACGACCGUGACCCCUUCUUCCGACCAGACCACUACCAUCAAGACCCUAGUCUAGCCCUCCACGACCGACAAGGUCGCCGAUCCCAUACCCGCCUCAGCACAAACAGCUACCGCGAUCGUCUGCCUGUUCCUGUUUCAGAAACGAGCAUAAUCGUGCAACACGGCUCCCCGGCCACGUCCCACCCGCCAUCAAUCAAUCAUGACCAAUCCCAUAUUCAUCUGCCGUGUGCCCCAUCCGACAACUGGCCCGUCAAAAUAACCCUUCACGACAUCGACCACACUACCCAAACCCUCUCCGGAACAAUGUCCGCAACCCAGAUCCCGAGUAAAAUCUCACCCUCCUCCUCUUCUACUUCUACUACCCAGCCCUCGCAGGGACAUGCAAGUAGUAUGCGCUCCUUCUUUGAGGGUGAGAUCAUCGAUUUCAAAAUCCAUUCGUUGGAGACGGAGAAUUUCUGCACGGGCCAGAGUGGAGAGGCAGAGGAUGGAUGCGGUGGAGGCGGUGUGAGUAUAGAUGCACGAUACUGGCGUGGUGUCGGCCCCUUCCGAGAACUCCUCGAAAAAGAAAAGGGCAAGAGAGACCAAAGUGGUGGUGCUGGUAUAGCUCGGAGCAAACGCGCCGGUAAAUACCCAAGCCGCCACCUGCGUAUCAACGAGGACGGGGAUGACAAUGACGAAGAUGUUGAUGAAGAUGAGAUAGAAGUUGAUGAAGAUGCAGUGGAAGACGCACUCGGAGGCGAAGACAUCAUAGCCUCCCACCUAUGCAGUCGCUCUUGGAUUGAGAACGUCUUGUUGAAGGAGUGGGUGCUGAUGCGGUGGAAGGAGCGGUGUUUUAUCACGGACCGCCAACCAGCCAAAGGCGAGGCAGAGGACAGAGGCGCAGCCGAGGAAGCACAAGGUGGAAACCCAGCUCAACCCCAAGACAGGUAUGAGAGCCGCGAGACUGGGCAACCAGUGGCACGAGAUUCGAUCAGUAUUACCAGUAGUGAUCCAACGACAUACGGCCUCACCAUCUCGGGCUUCUACUAUGUCGCUUUACGCCGCCAGACGGGCGAGAUCGAGGGCUUGUAUUACGAUCCCGGGAGUCUGCCUUUUCAGGUCUUGGAAUUGAGGCCGCAGGUUCAAGGGCAGGGCGGGUGUGCUGGUGGCGGCGGCGGCGGCGGAGGAGGUGGGGUGGGUAUCAAGACGAGGUGGCCGGCUUUGGGAUUUCGAUGA